CAUUCACUUCCGUCUUUUCCUCCUCGCCAUUUUGGAUUGACUUGGCUCGGGUUAGUUGGGAACGUUCAAGAGAAGUGCUGAUGAUUGUCGGAGUCAAUUGUAACAGUCCAAUUUGCCAUGUAUGCUGUAAAAUAUGCACUAGAAAUCCACCCCACAUAUUGUGGCUAUUAGCUAGCAAUUAAUUUAACGUAUAUUGCAGAUGGCAGAGAUUUUGCUUACUAGCUAAACAGCACCACCGGCUUGGCGAGGACGAACAACAACCGCAUCAUUGAGUUGGAUUCAUUUGUUAGCCAACGAGCUACCGUUACUUGUUAGCUAGCAUUUAUCUCAGCAAACCAUUUGGGCAGCCAGUUUUUUGUGUGGUUGGGUUCGGAGACAUACCAGGUAAGAUUGGUUAGAGUUGAGGCGCAGCAUUUUGUAUAACUAGUUAUCUAGCUAGUUAUGGCGGCAAGUUAACUAGCGAACAAACAUGCCUGGCUAUCAUCGGCUAGCUAGUUGGUCGGCUAGACAUUGGCUAGCUACUGCAUGCUAGCCAGUUCGCCUUCUGCUAAACUGACGCCAGCUAACAAAUAAGUCUGGAAAGAUGUAUCAACUCCCUGUGAACAACCUCACUAGGAUACGAAGAGCAAGGAAACAGGUGAAGGCGGCACUUUGUGACAUUGGACUGGAGUACUGUAAGGAGCAAGCGGAGGACCUCAAAGAAUUUUGCCCAGAUGAGAACUAUGUGAAGAAUACUGUCUGCCUGGAACUUUGUUCAUGGGAUCCGACAUUCUCAAAAACACAGGAGUACCGGUCAAAGCCUUUCUGCUGCACAGAGUGCAACUUCUCUUCCAAGUACUACUCGGGCUACAAAAACCACUUCCGAAAUGUCCACAGGCACAACUUUGAGAACCGCAUCCUGCUCAACUGCCCUUACUGCACCUUCACUGCGAGCAAGAAGACAAUGGAAACGCAUGUCAAGGUCUUCCACAUAUCUAGUGUGGCACGUCAGGGUCUAGGGGGCUACCAGGGGGCUGCUGUGGGGGCAAAUAACAAGGUGGAGAAGGCAAUGUACUAUUGCAAGAAGUGUAACUUCCGGGACCCUCUGUACAAUGUUGUGCGAAGGCACAUCUACAGGGAGCACUUCCAGCAUGUGGUCUCACCCUAUGUUGCCAUGGUCUCAGAAACAUCAGUCAAAAAUGGAGCCAAUGCUGUCAACGGCAACAACAUCCUCUGUAAGCGCUGUCAGUUCUCCACCCGUAGUUAUGAGGCGCUGGUGCAGCAUGUCAUUGAAUAUCAUGAGCGCAUUGGCUCUCAGGUGACAACCAUGAUUGGACAUGCUAAUGUUGUGGUGUCCAGACCGCAAAGCUAUGGGAUUGCCCAGAAGGGUUCUGUGAUGACUGGGGGUCGUACCCUGACGUCUGAACAGGUUAGCCAUAUGGUGGGGGUCCAUCUAAAGCAGGGACCUACUGGACUAAAGAAUGUGACAAGUCAGUCCUCUAUUGCUGGCCAGCGUUUGACCAUUCCUGGUAAUGGUGGUUUGGGAGAAGGUGCCAAUGCUAGUCUUACAUCCCAAACACAGAAGUGGAAAAUGUGCACGGUCUGCAAUGAGCUCUUCCCUGAAAACCUGUACAGUGCUCAUUUUGAGAAGGCACACAGGGCUAAGAAGGUAUGGGCAAUUGCAAAGUAUAUCAUGAAGAUCCACAACUUCACCAGUAAGUGUUUGCUUUGCAACCGAUAUCUGCCCAGUGACACGUUGCUAAACCACAUGCUGAUCCAUGGGCUCACUUGCCCACAGUGUCAUGCCAGCUUUAAUAAUGUGGAGAAAAUGCUAGAUCAUGUGGGGCAGGCUCAUCCAGAUGACUUUGUUGGUCCUCCAGCCGCCUCCCCACUUACCUUUGACCUCACGAUUGGGCAGGCUAAGAACAAAAUCAUACAGCUUAUUGUUAUAACCUAUAACAUGAAGGAACCUGUAGCUGCUCAGGAGCAGUCUAUGGCUUCCCAUGCCCAGAACAGCUUCCACACUCCAGUGAAGAGUCUGCCUUCAAAGAUGCCAGUGAAUAAGAAUGACAUGCUUGCCAGAAGUCAAGCCACUGCAUCUGGCAGCAAUGAGGUUGGCAAGACCCUAUGCCCACUAUGUUUUACCAUCCUCAAGGGCCCUAUAUCUGAUGCCUUGUCACAGCAUCUGAGAGAACGACACCAAGUGCUUCAGACAAUGCACCCUGUGGAGAAGAAGAUGACGUACAAGUGCAUCCACUGUUUGGGUGUCUACACCAGCAACAUGGUGGCCUCCACGAUCACGCUGCACCUUGUGCAGUGCCGAGCUGUGGGCAGGGCCCAGAAGGGCCUGGGACCAAAGUCUGCCUUGACACUCAACUCCUCUGGUGCAGGGUUCUUAAAGCGUCAGCUACCCUCCCAACCCAUGUCUGGCUCCAAGAGGAUGAAGAUAAAAAAUGAUGUAUAUUCCCCCAUGAAUAUAGACAAGCCAGGGGAGGCUGUGGAUCUAGUGUUGGACCCCAGGAACUAUGAGCACAAGACUUAUGAAGCACGCAAAGCCUUCCUCACAACCUAUUUCAAUCGUUGCCCCUAUUUAACUUCACAGGAAGAAGAGAAGCUGUCUGCAAGCCUGUGGCUCUGGAAGUCUGACAUUGCCAGUCACUUCGCUAAUCGACGGAGGUCAUGUGAGGGAGACUGUGAGACCAGGAAAUUGAAAGUGCUACUUGGCUUUGACAUGCAGGCACUCAAGGGACUGAAGCAUGACAUGGACUUUGAGGAGAAAACCAAGCUCCCCAUCACGUCAGUGGAGAAGGCCUUUAAGUCUAGGCCGGCACUUAACACAGACCAAAGAAAGCAAUGCGAGACAAUUAACUGUACCCUCAAGCUAAGUACUUACACAGAACCCAUAUCUAUUGACUCGUCUGAUAGUGAGUCGGAACCAGAGGACUGUUCCAUUGAGAAUGGGCAAGUUGACACACCAAAAUCUGUGGAUGUCACAUCUUAAGGAAAAUCAAACCUGCCAGAAGAGAGAUCUCCAAGCAUUGCGGGGCCUAAAAUAGAGAUGGGCCCUUAUCAAGAUGGGAGAUCAAAAACCUGAAUCACCUUCUGUUAGUCUACUACAGACUCUAGGCCUAAAUAAGGUGCCAUGGGUUGGUAAGAUGAUGCAUCAAAAUGAGAGCAGCCUAAAAGACCUGCGGUACAGGGGAAGCAUGAGGGUUUGGUGCAGGUAAUCCUUACACUCUGCAGUUCUUCGGUUAUAGGAAUGUCAGGGAAGGUAGGAGAGACUGACAGGACAAAUUAAGACUUCAUAAAGUCAGUGGGAUGCUCAGUUUAAGUAAAGAACAAUUACUAAUUCAUAGAUUAGGAACUACACAAGUAUAGAAACUAGCUGUUAAAACGUCUGGCUCCAGAUAAAGGUAUGCUGAAAUGGUGCAAAAGAAAAUGUAUGGUGUCUGUAGCUAAUAUUGGUGGGAACAUUGUACAUAUUUAGUAGGCCUACAUUAGAUUAUGCAUACAUUUAGACUGUCAGUUUUAAGUGAAAUUCAAAAACGUUCACUUAUAGGCAUAUGGAUUGGCCUCCCAUAUGAUGUAUUAUUGUCAUUUCAAUUUUAGAGAUAGCAGGGUAACAUGUAUACAUACCUAUGUUCACUUUUGUUUAAACAAAGAAAUUGGUUUAAUAAAGCUUUUUUCAAAGAACCUUCA